AUGUUAAAGGGCUACAGGGGAGUGGUUGUGCAGAGGUUAGAGAAGGUUGUGUGCAUCAACAAUAUCAACUUCCAAAGGAAAUCUGUCAUUGGCUACGUUGAGUUGGCCAUUGUCCCCACAGUGGUAAACCUGAACAGGAUCAAGCUGAACAGUAAACAGUGCCGCAUCUACAGAGUCAGAGUCAAUGAACUGGAAGCCCCCUUUAUUUACAAUGACCCCACGCUGGAGGUGUGCCACAAUGAGUCCAAGCAGAGGAACCUGAACUACUUCUCUAGUGCCUACACAGCUGCAGUGAGUGCUGUGGAUCCUGAUGCUGGGAAUGGGGAACUGGUCAUCAAAGUUCCCUCUGAACUCUGGAAACAAGGAGAUGAGCUGAAGGUGCUGAAGGUGUACAUAGAAUUCUCAUUGGACCAGCCCAAAGGGGGUCUCCACUUUGUUGUUCCUGAUAUGGAAGGCAGCAUGGCGGAGAGGGGAGCACACAUGUUCUCCUUUGGAUACCAGAACUCCACAAG